ACGCUCCUUCACCGGCGGAUUUCUCCUUUUUUUUUUUUUCUCCCCCUGCGGCACCGUCUGGAUCGAACCGCCGUUAAACCCGUCCGGUGUGUGCGCGCGCGCGGCCUCCGCGGACGGGAGGCUUUGUGGCGUCGCGGUGCUGAAGCUGCUCCGCGUGCGUGAGGAGCAUACUGAUGAAGGGUCGCAGCGCCGCAGUCACGCAGGAGUCCCGCCUCAGAAUCCAGCACGUGACUCCAAAAUGGGCAACAGUUUCUCCAACAUGUCCGCCUUCCAGUCGCUGCACAUCGUCAUGCUGGGUCUGGACUCGGCCGGAAAGACCACCGUCCUCUACAGACUCAAAUUCAACGAGUUCGUCAACACCGUGCCCACCAUCGGCUUCAACACCGAGAAGAUCCGGCUGAGCAACGGCACCGCCAAAGGCAUCAGUUGCCAUUUCUGGGACGUGGGCGGCCAGGAGAAGCUCAGGCCGCUGUGGAAGUCCUACAGCCGCUGCACGGACGGGAUCAUCUACGUGGUGGACUCCGUGGACGUGGACCGGCUGGAGGAGGCCAAGACCGAACUGCACAAAGUCACCAAGUUCGCAGAGAACCAGGGCACGCCGCUGCUGGUCAUCGCCAACAAGCAGGACCUGCCCAAGUCCCUGCCGGUGGCGGACAUCGAGAAGCAGCUGGCACUGCAUGAGCUCACGCCCGCCACCACCUACCACAUCCAGCCCGCGUGCGCCAUCAUCGGUGAGGGGCUGCACGAGGGCAUGGACAAACUGUACGAGAUGAUUCUCAAGAGGCGGAAGACGCUGAAGCAGAAGAAGAAGCGGUAACGGCAGCUGAUUGGCUGUCUGGGCAGCAGGACUGGGCGGAGUCUGGUGUUACACUAAAUCCUGUGACCCCCGUUGGAACAUUUUUAGCUAGUUCAUCUUUAGACGAUUAUACGUCUGUUUAUUCUUAAGAAACGGGUUUCAGCUUCAUACGUGAAGCUUCAGUGUCAUUUUUAACUGGACAUCGUUUAGUUUUGGACCGUUGAUCGGACAAAACGAGAUUUACGCUCAACCUGCAGGAAGCGGAAAAAUUUGACUGUUAAAACUGGACAGAUUUAUUAAACAAAACA